GCUGCCUGCGUGCCUCCGCAGAGUGUGCGUGCUGGCGCAAAGCGCGGCCUCCUGCGCUCGUCCUCAGCCGCCGCAACACAAACAACAACAAUAAACAACAACAGGCGUCCUGCUGACCGGACGGCCCGGCUCGCGGCCGCGGACACACCCACAGGACUCGGCCACGAUGACGGAGACGGUGAAGUACGUGGACGAUGAACACAAGAGCAUCUUCCUGAAGCUGCUGAACGAGCAGCGGCUGGAGGGCGAGCACUGCGACAUCGCCGUGGUGGUCGAAGACGUCAAGUUCCGCGCUCACCGCUGCGUCCUGGCCGCCUGCUCCAACUACUUCAAGAAGCUCUUCAAGAAGCACGAGGUGGACAACUCGUCCGUCAUCGAGAUCGACUUCAUCCGCUCCGAUAUCUUCGAGGAGGUCCUGAACUACAUGUACACGGCCAAGAUCUCCGUCAAGAAGAAGGACGUCAACCUGAUGAUGUCAUCGGGACAGAUCCUCGGUAUCCGCUUCCUGGACAAGCUCUGCUCCCAGAAGCGUGACGUGUCGUCAGACGACAAGGAGAAGUUUCCGUAUGACAUCGUAAAGAUGGCGCUGCCCCCUGAAGCCCAGCUGGCCGCAGACUCUGAGGAGUUAGGCGAGCACGAUGAUGCGCCGGGUGCAGACGACCUGGUGGAGGCAUCCACCAAUCAGGAGCUGGACAAGUCUCCCAACGCUGCGCUGCAUGUGCAGGAAGCCAUCUUGAAGGAGCUGACCAAUGAGGAUGUUCACAAGGUGUCCUGCUACGACCAAGACGUGGUGACGGAGAUGGAGGCGGAGCCUAAGGAGCUCGGGGCGGAGCAUCACGCCACCCAGACGCUGACCUUCACGGACAGCAUCGGCGAGGUGAAGGACGAGGCGGCGCCCGGCUGGUCGGCCGCCGCUGCGGACAUGAAGUUUGAGUACCUGCUGUACGGACACCGCGAGCAGCUGGCCUGCCAGGUGUGUGGGAAGACUUUCCUGGACGAGAGCAGACUCAGGAAACAUGAGAAGUUGCACUCAGCAGAGCGGCCAUUCGCCUGUGAGAUCUGCUCCAAGGCCUUCACCACGCACGCUCACCUGAAAGAACACCUGAAGAUCCACACGGGCUUCAAGCCCUACAGGUGUGAUGUUUGUGGGAAGUCGUUCAUUCGAGCUCCGGACCUGAAACAUGAGCGAGUCCACAGCAACGAGAGACCCUUCGCCUGCCAGAUGUGUGACAAGGCCUUUAAACACAAGUCUCACCUGAAGGACCACGAGAGGAGACACAGAGGAGAGAAACCUUUUGUCUGUCCGUCCUGCACCAAGGCCUUUGCCAAGGCGUCGGACCUGAAGCGCCAUGAGAACAACAUGCACAGCGAGAGGAAGCAGCUGAACCCGCUGCAGAGCGACACGGAGACGCUGCAGGCCGCCGCCAUGGCGGCAGAGGAGCAGCACCUGGAGAACAUCAGCUGCUCCUAACACCUGGAGGACCGCUCUGACUCUGACCUCACCUCCCUGCCCUGAGGUGACCCCUGACCUCAGCCCACUAGAACUCUGACCCUGUGGAUUUUAUGAAGCAGUUCCGCUCAGUUUCAUGAGCGGAGCCGCCAUGUUGUGCAGAACUCGUGUGAUGAUGUCAUCAGACAGAUGAUGGGAUGAAAUCAUGAAAUAAAAUGUUUUUCUAA